UAUAUAUAUUUAUAUAUAUAUAUAUAUAUACAUAUAUAUUACAACAAAAUGAAGCUGUUUGCAGUAUUCUUGGCUUUGACGCUCUAUGCGCUGACGCUGGUGCAGUGCCUCAGCCUGCCCGAUCCCAAUGUGAAGUGUGCCAUGGAGUGUGACACGCAGGAGAGUAAAUAUAUAUGCGCGGCGGAUGACAAAGGCACCACCAAAACAUAUCGCAAUGUUUGCAUUAUGAAAACGGAGAAUUGCCUACAGAAUGCGAACUUUCAAAAGAUCAGCGACAAGGAGUGUCCAUAGAUGCUAGAUCCAACUCUAGUUUUGACAGUGCGCAGAGAUUUAGAAAGAUGAAAAAACUUCAACUUAAAAAAACAGAAGACGGUUUUUGGGCCCAGUUGCCGCUUAAGUUGUUUGGCUUCUUUUCUUGCGUGGUAUUUGUGUGUGAUAUUUUUAAGUUGUGCUGCAGCAGAAUAAAAAAAAAACCCCGAACCUUCCCAAUUACAGCCCCACACCCUACACCCCUCCGCCCCCUCCACCAGCCGUCACAAAUAUGUAAUACAUAAUGAUAAUAUA